CAGUGUGGAAUUUCAAAACUCACUCUCAGCAGUCAAGUUCUACGAGUAUCAUAUGCCACUUCAUUUCGCGAUUUCGUGUUUUCAUUUACCUAUGAGUACUUGGACUUCUUCGCGUUUUUUGUUGGUGCACUUGCGUGCAUUGUAAUAUUUUUGGUGGUCUAUUUUAUCGAUAUUGAAAAAUUUUGGAUUUGAUUGUGCUUUUGUUUUUCUAGUAGUAAUAUAGUUCUGUUAUAAUUACAUUACUGUUCAUCAUGUAUCUUGCACCUGCGAUCGUAUUUGUUAAUGUUAUCAUGAUGCAAUUCCUACAGAUUCCAACAGCUGAAGGCUUAUACAUCAACAGACGAUUUCCUGCGACAGAUAUUUUUUAUAUGCCACAAUCGAGCUGGGGCAUAAAAACGGUUGUUUCAAAGUGUCCUGAAUGCGAUUGUAGAACAAAUACUCGUCAAAAGAGGAUUGCUGGAGGAACAGUAGCCGAAGAAAACGAAUUUCCUUGGAUGGCAGCCUUGAGAUUAAAAUACGGCGAUACGAGUACAUUUUGCGGAGCUACAAUUAUUACUAAGCAGCACGUAUUAACUGCUGCACACUGUGUGGAUUGGUUUACUGCAGACGACAUUGAAGCAUCUUUGAGGAAACAUUAUCAAAAACAAUAUGAGAGAAACGAAAAAAUAGUAGGUAUCAAAGAGAUAAUUCGACACCCGGGAUAUGAUUCUAAAAGAAGAUCUGGAAAUAACGACAUCGCUAUUUUGAAAUUAAAUCGCACCAUAUCAUUCAAUAUCCCGCAAAUUCAACCAGCAUGCCUACCAAGUUCUGAAAAAGAAGAUUACGUUGGUAACUUUGGCACCGUUAUUGGAUGGGGUUUCACUGAUAAUUGGGUUUCCACAACUAACGGGAUACGGAAACUGGAAGUUCCCAUCAUUCCGACUAACGAUUGUAGGAUUAAUUAUAGUCAUCGAAACACGUCGUUUUCAGUAACUGAUAACAUGAUGUGCGCUGGUGGUAUUAAAGGACAUGAUACCUGUAAGGGUGACAGUGGCGGACCUUUACAAAUCAAUCUUGAUGGACUUGGAACCAUGAAAGUUGUUGGUGAACACCGCGAGGAGAUUUCUGACUAGCAUUUCAGUUACUUAGGUACACCUAAUUGAAAAAAUAUGCUGGUCAAAAAAACGCGUUCGAGUUUCUCGCCUGGAAAUUAAGCCAAAUGUGGUUAUGUAAACGCGUUGAAUAGGUCUAAAAUGAUGAGCCACAACUCGAUUUUUAGCAGCACAAAAAUUUAUUAUCAAGCUAUAUCUGAAGAGAUUUUAAAAUUCCAGGUGAAAUCGAAAGUAGUGCUGGGUGGGGCUAGCGAAUAAGUAACUCGAACUGGUGAAAUUCGGGUUUGGGUAAGUUUUAGCCAACAUGUAGGUAUUCUCUUUUUCUCGUAUAAAUAAUGCUGCUUAAAAAAUUAAGGCACUCCAGAAAUUCACCUGGUAAUAUCGUCAUCAAAGGGAUGAAACUCAGUAAAUAGAUUGAGAAUAAUCCACAACUCGAUUUCUAGCUGCUCAGAUAACAAUAAAUGCAUUUAUGGUAUCUGUUAUCAAAUCUCAUAAUUUUCUCACUAUACGCAACAUUUUCAAGUACCGAUACGUGUUUUUAUUUUAAAUCGAAUAAGUUUAGUUUUUUUUUCAAAUUGUAUAACUCAUAUCUACAUUUUCAAUGGGAUGUCCAACGCCUCUUACGACCUCAAGUAUGCAAAUACCUAAGUAUAUAGGUAACUGAUAUACCAACAUAGUGUACUAAAUUUUAAUUAUGAAAUCAUCAAACUACAUACAGGGUGUUCCGGCUCGACAGUACCCCCUUAUAACCAGUAACUGUACUACCCAUUGUGAGUUGAUGUAUGUAUGUUUGCCUACCCUCCAGGCCGCAGGGGCAAAGUUAUGGACUUUGAAAAAAAAACUUUUUUCGAUUUCGUUCAAAAUUUUUCGUCAUGCGUCACUCGAAACCCGUUCUAAGGUAAGUGCAGGUAA